AUGAUAGGAAAUGUUUUCGAAAAGCGGCUGAUCGAAGCUUACAUUGCGGAGCACGGUAAAGAGCCCGUUACGGGAGAAGAAAUCACCAUCGACGACCUCAUCGAGCUCAAAUCCGCCCGUGUUGUUCGCCCUCGACCGCCGACACUGACCUCGAUUCCUUCUCUCCUGGGCGUCUUCCAGGAAGAAUGGGAUGCUUUAGCUUUGGAAACAUUUACUCUAAGACAGACUCUUGCCCAGACGCGACAAGAACUUAGUACCGCACUUUACCAGCACGAUGCCGCAGUGAGGGUGAUUGCAAGGUUGCGCAAGGAGAGGGAUGAAGCUCGUGAUGCUUUAUCGAAAGUCUCAGUGGGUGCUGGACGAGCGUCCGCUAGCGGCGACGCAAUGCAAGUGGACAGCACCGGGCUUCCCGAGGCUGUGGUGACGCGGAUAGACGAGACACAAGAAAAAUUAUCGAAAACACGCCGCAAGCGUCCUAUACCCGAAGACUGGGCGACGACUGAAACAGUGCAGCAGUUUAAACCUGUUACUGCAUCGGAUCCCCUUUAUCCCGGCGGGAAAUCCUUGUCAUUAAACGAAUCUGGGGAGCUGGCCUUGGUGGGCGGCGUCGAUGGAGUUGCUGGUAUAUACUCAUUGACCGACAGAUCAAUCAUUGCAUCUUUGAAAGGGGGUGGUGGUGCGAUAACGGAUGCCAUCUGGGUGAAAGAAAAAGCUGUCAUCUCAACAUCAACCGGGUUGGUGAAGGUCUUCGAGAAUGGAGACGAGAUUGCGAGCUUCAAUUCGCACGCAGGAGAAGUCAUGGCUUUGGCGAAACAUCCAACUGGGGAUAUUGUAGCUUCUGUGGGCGUUGAUAAGAGCUACGUGCUCUACGACCUCACAACUGCAACUGUUGUGGCUCAGAUCUUUAGUGAUUCCGCUCUAUCAUGCGUUCAAUUCCAUCCAGAUGGCCACCUACUCGCGGCUGGCGCUGGUGAUGGGCAAAUAAAGAUAUUUGACGUCAAGACUGGAACCAAUGCGGCCAGCUUCACCUGCUCCGGAGCACUAAAGACAGUAUUCUUUUCAGAAAACGGAAUCUGGCUAGCAUCUGUGACUGAAGGCUCCUCGAGCGUUUCUAUCUGGGAUCUUCGCAAGUCUGAGGUGGUCAAGGUUUUGGAAAUCGGCAACAGGGUGGAUUCUCUCAGCUGGGACUACACAGGACAGUUCCUAUUGACCGGUGGACCCAACGGACUAACCGUCCAGCAAUAUUCGAAAUCGGCAAAGUCGUGGAGCGAGCCUCUGCGAAGCGCGGUUCCUGCAGUUGCUGUUGCAUGGGGCAGAUUGGCUCAGCAGAUUGUGGCUCUGAAUGCGGAGGGCGUUAUCACAUUAGUGGGAUCAGGAUGA